CCGUCAUGUCUGGGGAUUACAGCAUCUACACUGGACAGAAGAAGACCUUCACUAUCCCCGACUAUGUCCUUUUCAGUCUCACCUUGGCGGUAUCGGCUGGGAUCGGACUUUUCUUUGCAAUCAAAGACAGAAACAAUGUUAAUUCUAAGGAGUUCCUUUUUGGAGGUAAAGAUAUGUAUGUCCUUCCAGUGGCGAUGUCGCUGCUGGUGACGUUUUUGUCUGCACUGACGUUGCUGGGAACGCCCGCUGAGAUGUACAACUACACGACGAUGUUUUGGUGGUUAUGUCUUGCAUUUGUUUGUGCAAUGGUCUUGGCCUCAGUUGUAUUCACCCCAUUCUUCUAUAACUUGCAAGUGACAAGUGUAUUUCAGUAUCUUGAGCUGCGUUUCAGCAAGCCUGUCCGUGAUCUCGCCUCCCUGAUCUACAUUCUGCAAACAAGUGCGUAUAUGUCGUUCGUCCUCUACGCUCCUUCCCUGGCUCUGAAUGCGGUGACUGGAUUUGAUCUGUGGGGAUCCGUAUCAGCUGUUGGGAUCGUGGUGACGUUGUAUACAGCUCUGGGAGGAAUGAAGGCAGUGCUGUGGGCAAACACCUUCCAGGCUUUGGUUAUUAUGGCGGGGCUGUUGGCGGUUCUCAUCCAGGGUUCCAUCGUCAUGGGUGGCUUCCAGAACGCCUGGGACAUCGCCGGGAACAGAUCAAGGAUUUACUUCCACGACUUCAGCUUUGACCCCACUACCCGUCACUCUUUCUGGUCGGUUGUAAUCGGCGGGUCCUUUUUCUGGACGUCACUGUACGGAGUUAACCAGGCUCAGGUCCAGAAAGCCCUGUCUUGUCCAUCUGUGUCUAAAGCCCAGCUGGCAUUCUUUGUAUCCUUGCCUGGUCUUAUGCUCAUCGUCAGCCUGUGCUGCAUGAUCGGCAUCGUCAUGUACGCCUUCUACGCCGACUGUCACCCCAUGGCAUUCAACAACCUCAUCACCAACUCAGAUCAGCUCCUGCCCUUUUUUGUAAUGGAUAUUUUGGGCCAUGUUCCCGGAUUACCAGGAGUGUUUGUGUCGUCUCUCUUCAGCGGAAGUUUGAGCACCAUAUCAUCCUCCCUGAACGCCCUGGGAGCCAUCAUCCCUAGGGACAUCAUCAAGCCGUACUGCUGCCCAAACAUUUCUGAUAAGUCCAUCACCAUUCUAUCAAAGGUUGUAGUUUUCAUAUUUGGGGGAGUUGCUAUCGGUCUCGCCGUCCUCGUGUCUCAACUUGGGUCUGUGAUGCAGUCUGCCUACAGCGUGUACAGCAUUCUCAAUGGACCGUUGUUCGGGUUGUUUAUUCUGGGCAUGUUCUUCCCUUGGGCAAACGCAUGGGGAGCUCUUGUUGGUACUGUGACCUCCUUAGCCUUCAUGUGCUGGAUCGGAUUCUGUGCAUUCGUCAACAGGGUUUCCACUGCCAAACUAUCCCCUGUCUUUACUCAUGGCUGCAAUUGGUCCGUCACGACGACAGCAAUGACUGUCACGACAACGUUAGGGACUACAACAUCAGGCUCCUCCGAGAUGACUACGGUUGCAGCGUCAAGUGAUCCGUUCAUACCGAUGUACAAGCUGUCCUAUCUCUUAUACACGCCGACGGCGAUGGCAGUGCUCGUCAUCGUCGCACUGUUCGUCAGCCUCAUCACUGGCUGCAGGGACCCACAUACCAUGGACCCUCGCCUGAUCUGCCCUCUGUUUGACCGCCUCUUCCCCUGUAUGCCGGAGAUGAUACUCAGACCUCUCAGAUGUGGAGUCAACCACAAUGUGGACUACAGGAAUAAGGUGUAUGAGAAAGCUGACGAGCUACCAGAAAAGAUCCAGCCAGUCGAUGACAACGGCGUUGAAAUGAAACCAUCCCGUGACGCGGAAGCAGGUGACUUGAAAGGUGGCACCAUUAAUCAAGGAUUUGAACCGAUAGACGCUAGGACCUCUGAACCGGAAGAGUUUGUAACACAUUUUUAA